UGCAUGUAAAGUCAUAUCACUGCCUCUUUUUUACCCAUCACGUCCAUCACGUCACUACACCGCAAGCUCGGUAUUCACGUUUACUAUGAUUUCCCUGCAAACGGUUGCCUCGGCGCCCAAGGCCCCACUCGAUAUCCGUAGACCGCUCAUCUUGACUGUUUUACCGGCUCGUUAUCUCAAGGUAAAGUCCCUCACAAACACAGGUCAAUAAGGCUCCACUCUAUUAGCGUACCUUUACUGCAGCGUAGUCGGACAUAUAAACAAUCUCCCCUACUGCUUCUCUUCAUCUUCCACCUUCCACCCUCCACACUCUACUCAACUUCCUUCCUUGCUUUCCAAGAGAACCUGGAAGCUGCGAUUACAGCAAGAUGAGGUUCACCACUGUCUCCACGAUGGCCCUCGGCUUUGCUGCCCUCACCGUCGGACAGUUCCAAACCACUGUCACCUCUGUCAGCUGCGUUGUCUGUACUACUGGCACACAGACCCGCUCCAACGGCUACACUGCCCCGACUACCGACUCGAGUGAUCUCACCCGCACCAUCACCAAGUACCGUCGCCAAGAUUCCCCAUCUUCGACUUGUACAAGCAUCACCGACACUCGCGUCGAUAUCACCGAGUAUCUUCCUCCCAUUUCCACUCACAUUCAAUGCGGUCCUGACAAGGCUACACCCACCUGCUCUACCUCAUACGAAUGCGGUUGCCACUCCACUCACUAUACUCGGCCCUAUGCUCCCGACACACAUCUCUGCUUUCCUGAUGAAACACGUACGAUUUCGUAUCCAGACUUCGGUGGUGGCCGUACUCAGCCUGGACGCGGUGUCACUCGUGCGGCAAGGCAGACAAACGCACCCAAGCAGACAUGGACGAGGACCCGCAGUCAGUCCAUCGUAGCUAGAGCUACAUCUCAAGACUUGGGUGGACGGUCUCAGCGUCGUGUUGCGAGGGAGGCUGAAGCUACGGCUGUCGUAGCUCCCCGUUGCGAGCCUGGAAAGUUCGGUCCUGGAUGCUUCCCGAUUAUUACACAUCCGGUAGCUGACGCUAUCGAAGCAUUCCAGGCCGAGCCUACCGUCGUCGCAGCACCUUUCGACCCCGGUUAUUUUGGUCCUGGAUGCAAGGCACGCGAACCUGUAGCCCCUCGCUGCGAGCCUGGAAAGUUCGGCCCAGGAUGUUUCCCGAUUAUCAUGCAUCCGGUAGCUGACGCUAUUGAUGCACGCGAGGCCGAGUCUACCGCUGUAGCUGCUCGUUGCGAGCCCGGCAAAUUCGGUCCCGGAUGUUUUCCAAUCAUAAUCCACCCGCCUUCAGCCAACGCUGUCGAGGCACGUCAGGAUAUGUCUACAUCCUGUCGUCCAGGCUUUACCGGUACCGACUGCCAUAUGUGCAUUCCCGGCAGGAACGAGCCUGGUUGCCCACCUUCACCUUGGCCCCCUGUCGAUGCAGCUACUACACCAGCUCCUACCGCGACCACUUCUCACUAUGGUUGCCCGAGCGGUGUGUGUGGUCCUGGUUGUCGCUGGGGCCAUGAGUGCUUCUCGAAACUUGGACGUGGUGCUGAGGCUACCGCUGUGGCAGAGGUUGUACAUAGUACCCUUCUUACACUGAGGGCUUAGAAUGCUUCGGUGCUGGGUUAAGAGGCAUGAAGGUGUCUGCAUCCUGAUCAAAAGUGAUGAUAUGGCGGUACGUAUAGGCUGGAGAAAGUCGUGACUUCAG